AUUUAUGUGAGAAAACAAAUACUUGAAGUCAAUGCCCUCUGUUGUUAACUCGUAAAGUGGUAGAAAGUACACGGUAGAGAGCAAAAUUUACAGAGAGAAUUGUGGAGAGACACACAGAAAGAGAAUGAAAAAUUGGAUAAUUUUUCCAUGGAUUUGAGAUCUAGAGGAGGAGAUAGAGCUUCAGCUUCGUGAAUAUAUCAAUUUAAAGAUUUUUCGUAGUCAACUUAGAAGAACAGAGAGAGAGAGAGAGAGAGAGAGAGAAGAGUCUGCUGAAGAACCAGUCUUGAGCUUCCUUGGGAAAAUGGUUGAACAGAGAAAUCUUCAAAAACCCAAUACUCAAAACGUUAUGAUUAUCCAAUUGCUCGUGGGUUUCCGGGAAAGUUUCCAGCUUGGUUCUUCUAAUUGAGCUCAACAACCCGAAUAGGGAACUGGGUUUUGGAUUUGGGUCAGUUUUCCUAGCUGUCUCUGCUUCUGAUCAGAGAAAAGUGAGGUGUUCCACAGUAUUCUGAUGAGAAAUGGGAGAAAAUGCAGCAGCUUUGCAUACAGCUGUGAACUCCGUACAGGCAUUAGGAAGAGGCUUCGACGUGAACUUCGAUACAAGGUUGCUCUACUGUAAGGGAGUGGCAGGGUCUAGGAUACUAGAGCUUGAUGAGGAGCACACUAGGGAUCUCUGCCUUUAUGAUGAUAUAAUUGUGCCAAAUGUUUCUAGGGACAUCAAGCAGUCUGAGGAAUCCAUGGGGCGUCAGAGUUCUGGAGUCUGCAGCUUCCAUGAGAUGGUUGAGUAUUUUAAUCAAAAGUCUAAUGCAUCUGGAGGCUUUCCUCUUGGGAGUUUCAACUUUGCAUUUAGCUUCACUGGUUCAAAGCACAUUGAUGCUGCAGCCACGAAGACCCUUUCUGUGGAUGGAUUUUAUAUUCCACUUGCUAAGGUCCAGCUUUUCAAAACACCACUAGUGUUGCAAGAAAAUGUGAAAGAGGCUGUCCCGACUAAUUGGGAUCCAACAUCUUUGGCAAGCUUUAUUGAAAAUUUUGGGACCCAUGUCAUCACAUCUGUAACAAUUGGUGGAAAAGAUGUAAUUUAUGUCAAACAACACCAGUCAUCUCCUUUGUCUACAAUGGAGAUCAAAAACUAUGUCCAGGAUAUUGGAACUCAGAGGUUCUCAGACACAGAAAGCAAUAGAAGUUCAGGUCAAAUGAAAUUCAAUGAUAAGGGUGUUGAUUCUGGUUUAUAUAACAGUCAAGGGAUAUACCCUCAGCCCACUACUGCACCAUAUCUUGCUGGGAAAGAAGAUGUCACAGUCAUUUUCAGAAGAAGGGGAGGGGACGAUCUGGAGCAAAACCACACCCGAUGGGCAAGAACUGUCCGGUCCUCUCCAGAUGUAAUCGAGAUGACAUUUUUCCCGAUAACAGCUCUCCUAGAAGGGGUAACUGGAAAGGAACACCUUACUCGAGCGAUUGGUCUUUAUCUUGAAUAUAAGCCUCCAAUAGAAGAGCUGAGAUAUUUCCUAGAGUUUCAAAUUUCUCGAAUAUGGGCUCCUGUAUAUGACAGGAAUCUGGGCCCCCAAAGAAAAGAACCUGUUUGUCCAUCCUUGCAAUUCAGCAUAAUGGGGCAAAAACUUUAUGUCAGCCAAGAACAGGUAACUGUUGGACGGAAGCCAGUGACAGGCGUACAGUUAUGUCUAGAAGGAAGCAAGCAGAAUCGACUUUGUAUCCAUCUUCAACACUUAGCAUCUCUUCCAAAGAUCCUUUUACCAUAUUGGGACACCCAUGUCGCAAUUGGUGCUCCGAAGUGGCAAGGACCCGAGGAGCAAGAUAGCCGAUGGUUCGAGCCAGUGAAAUGGAGAAACUUCUCUCAUGUGAGCACUGCACCUAUUGAGAACCCCGAGACCUUCAUAGGUGACCUCUCUGGUGUCUACAUAGUCACUGGAGCACAGCUUGGAGUGUGGGAUUUUGGAUCAAGAAAUGUCUUGUACAUGAAGCUUUUAUAUUCUAGGCUACCAGGCUGCACUAUACGAAGAUCCUUGUGGGAUCAUACCCCAAAAGAAAAGUCAAAGAAACUGACGUCCACCAGUGACUCAAGUUCAGGUUCAAGAGAAAAUGUUGCGGGAAACAAGUUGGUGAAGUUUGUGGACAUGUCCGAGAUGAGCAAGGGGCCGCAAGAUGAUCCAGGUCAUUGGUUGGUUACGGGUGGAAAGCUUGGUGUGGAGAAAGGAAAAAUUGUUUUGAGAGUGAAAUACUCGUUGCUAAAUUAUUGAGUCUAUACAUUUGCAUGAUGGAUGUGCAGUGGUGGUUUUUGUUAGGGGAAGAGGCAGUGUCUUUUGAUGUUCAUCCUGCAAUGUAACCUUUGGCUGUGUGAUGGACCGAAUGAGAAGAGGAUGUGUCUUUGGGUUGUUUUAGAGUGUGAGUAGAUACUGCCUCUUGAAAUAUGUUUGUAAGUAAAGUUUGAUAUGUUCGAGUUGAUUUGAUGAAAGAAACCAUGCUGUAGAGCACUUGUUUCCUUCAUUUCCACGGAUCAUAAUUAA